GCAGUCACUUGUAAAAUUUUAGUCAAAGUGAGCAGUUCGAGUGCCUCGAAAACUAUUGAAUUAUUGAAUUGCUCUGGACUGUCUGUGGACAAACCUUAUCAAACAAAAACAAAAAACAGCUGAGCAAAGCAGUAUAAGAAGAAGAGUGUAAAGCGCGUGUGCAAAAAAAUCAACGCAAAAGCACAAGAGAUACACAAAAAGAAGCAGCGGAAAAUUUUGGAGACCAAACAAAGCGCAUAACGUAAAGCUUUUGCGUCGAACUCUGCCCAGCAACAACAAAAUUGUGACCAAUUCAUUUGCAUUCCUUAAGAUGAGCGGUUCAGUGUUGAGCAUGGCGCGUCCGGCCGCCACCACCAACGGCUGCGGAGGCAAUACAGCUCUGCUGUCGAAGCAGCUGAGCAUCACCAGCAACGGAGGGGCCAAAACCACGGUUACACCGGCCAUAGUGCCGCCCAAGCAGCCCCAGCUGGCCGCCAAGGUCAUACAGCAGUCACAGAUUGUCUGCUUCGACGUCGACUCCACCGUCAUCUGCGAGGAGGGAAUCGACGAGCUGGCCGAAUACUGUGGCAAGGGCACCGAGGUGGCACGUGUUACCAAGGAGGCCAUGGGCGGUGCCAUGACCUUCCAGGAUGCCCUCAAGAUACGGCUCAACAUCAUCCGACCCAGCCAGCAGCAAGUGGUGGACUUUAUCCGUGAGCGGCCCAGCACCCUCAGCAAGAACGUAAAGCGGUUUGUGGCACAGUUGAAGGCGGAUGGGAAGCAGGUGUACCUCAUAUCCGGAGGAUUCGACUGCCUGAUUGCCCCGGUGGCCACCGAGCUGGGCAUCCCCCUCGCGCACGUGUAUGCUAACAAAAUGCUGUUCGACUACCAGGGCGCCUACGACAGCUUCGAUGUCACACAGCCCACCUCCCGCUCCGGCGGAAAGGCGGAGGCAGUUGCCAUGAUCAAGCAGCAGCAUGCCGCCGACGCCCUCAUCACGAUGCUCGGCGAUGGCGCCACCGAUCUGGAGGCAGUGCCUCCCGCCAACUACUUCAUCGGAUUUGGUGGCAACGUGGUGCGACCCGAGGUCUACAGACGUGCCCAGUAUUACGUAACCGACUUUGAACAGCUGAUGGGGGGCCAGUGAUGAUGGAGCAAUGGCGUAAUGGAGCGGGCGGACAGCGGGGUGGCGAAUUUAGUAUUUCAAAAAAUCAACGUGUUAUAGUUCAUAGUGAAUGUUGUUGUCCAGGUCUGUGUCUGUGUCUAAGUAAGUGUGCAUGUUAAAUACGAUAUCUACUAGUUUGUAGUCAAUUGCUAAAACAAUAAAAGCGAUAGUAAAAUUAUGGAAAAUGAAAA